AGACACCGCCUUCUGUCAGCGGCGCUCGGGGGACGGCGGGACGCGGCGCUUCCUCCCGGUGCGCGGAGGGGCGGAAGGAGCAGCGCGGCCCUGGACCCGGCCAUGUCAGCGUUUCCGAGCAGCUACAACCCGUUCGCCGAGGACGAGGAGGCCGAUGAGGCGGCGGCGCGGGGCGGCGGGCUGGCGGACGGCGGACGGCAGCGCUCCCUGCAGCAGGAGGUGCUGCGCCGCUCCGCCGCCACCGCCGACAGCACCGCCCGCUCCCUCUCGCUGCUCUACGAGUCCGAACGCAUCGGCGUGGCGGCCUCCGAGGAGCUUGUACGUCAAGGAGAAGCACUGAAGCGCACGGAGCAGAUGGUAGAUAAGAUGGACCAGGACUUGAAGACCAGUCAGAGGCACAUAAACAGCAUUAAGAGUGUUUGGGGGGGCUUGGUAAACUACUUCAAAGCCAAACCUCCAGAGAGCAAGCCAGAGCAGAAUGGCACCCCGGAGUACUAUGGUAGCAGUAGAUUAAAAGAAGCUAUGACGUCUAGUAAAGAACAAGAGUCAAAAUACCAAGAAAGUCAUCCCAAUUUAAGGAAGCUAGACUAUGCAGACAGUGAUUUCAGCAAAGCAGAUUUAGUUUCUUCAGCACAGAGGGAUUCCUAUCCAAAGAAUCAACAUCUGCGAGCUUACCACCAGAAAAUUGAUAACAACUUGGAUAUAUUUUCAAAGAACACGUUCACCCUCUAUCCGCUUGAUGGAUGAGUUGCCAGAGGAAUUUGGCUUCUAAGAAGGUUGAUGUAGCAAGCAGCCCUGACCUAUCUGUCAUGAUUUUGAAGACAGACAUUGACUCCCAUGCCCUUUAUUCUGCUUUGCGUCACUACCCAGCAGACCUCUGUUUUUACAAGGCUGGGCUGGAGGAGUUGCAAUUUCAGCUAAUAUAUUGCCAUGCAAGUGAUUCAGCAUCUGUGCUGCAAAGCCUGGAGAAUGCAAGUGUCCCAAGAAGAAUCCAACGACUACAUGGACGCACAAAGAGUGUCAAUGUCAGUGCACUGCACCAAGACAGACAGAAACAGCAUUUCCCUUCUGGGUAGAAAGAUAGGCAUUUUGUUUGCAAGUUACAAGUAAAUUCUGUAUUGUUACAGCAUUAGCUCCGUGGGGAAUCAGAAGACCUCCAGCCUGCACUGCUGCUGCCCCGAGACACUUCUGUUCAUUUUGACAUUAAAUGCCAUCAGAAUUUACCAUCUCCAGCAGAGCUUUACGUGCACAGGGAAUACAGGAUGGGGCUGCACAUACCAAACUAAAUUCAUAAAAUGACCUUUAUUGAGGACAUGUCAGAAGUUAAAUGUACUAUUACAGGGGAUUUCCUUUAAAUGCUAAGUGUGUACAAUGACAUCCUCUUGCCAGAGAAAGAACUAGAGGGAGCUUAAACAUUAAACGGUUACACAUCAACAACUCUGCGUCAAAACCUGUACAUUUCAAAUGAUUUCUUCAAAGCUAUUACAAUUUUUACCACUCUGUUUUCAGGAGCUUGUGCCAUGACUUACAAAAAAACAGAAGAAACUCAUCUAGGGCCUCAGGGUGCUCUGUAUGACCCAGAGUUAUGCAUUCCAUAAGAAGAACAGAUGGAAAAGGAGAAUUGAAUUCCAGGGGAAGAGAACAUUAUUUGAAUGGAAUUUUUAACUAAAAUGGAGAAUAAAGGCAGAACAUCUACAAGGAGUCAGUUCUGAAUGGGAGAUGCUGAGAGGAGUCAGUCCUUGAUUCAGCCAUAUGAGCCUGCUGGAAAGAAAGAGGCAGACGGGAGGAAAGGGGAGGGCUCCCCCGUCUCCAGGAGACAAACUGGAAAGAAGUCCAAGGAGCUAGGGUGCGGUUUGAAAAACAAGAAAUAUCAUUUCAGACUGGAUCUUGAAGCAGACAGGGCAGUCAAUGAGGACCUUGAGAUGCAUGAAAUGUCGUUUUUCUCUGUGAGAGACCAGAUCAGAACUUUGGGAGUUGUGAUGCUCUGCCUUUGCUGUACCACAACGUCUUUGUGCUGUGACUGCUGAUACAGCUUUCCCAAGGUUUGCAUUUAUCUGCUAGGCUAGUUCUCAAAGACUGAAGGAGAGCAUCAGGCUGCCAUCCAUAGGAGGAGCCGGAAAACCUGACAUCUUGAGGAGAGUAACUUCUGAAAAAAAUAAACGUUUACUGUUUUCCAUUUGUUGAAGAACUGCUGGGGAUUACACCCUUCUCAGCUGCCAAGUGCUGUGGCUCUGCCUUUUGUGAAGGAGGAGGAGAGUAGCAGUUAGCUAAGCAGAGGGGCAUGAGCACAGCAAACGCUUAGAGACUUGAGACCCUUUCCGUUUCCUACUAAUAGUCUAGAGACUGCAUGAGAAAUACCUUACAUAAGGCCCGUAGUGCCUUUUCACUGAAUGAUCCCAAACUAAAUAUAGAAAGCAAGGUUAAAAGACUCAGUGAAAACAUCUGUGCACACAGCUGAUGGUCCAAAGCUCUGCUUCUUUAGCUAUGAAGCUCAGCUGGUUACAAAGCGAAGAAAGGAUGGCAAAAUACUUGUCCUCUUUAUUUAAUUUGUGCUAAGAUUUCAAACACUAUCAGCUCACCCUUCGGAGCUUAUGAGGAAUCUGACCCUUGGGAUUGGGAUCCGCAAAGUCAGGGGUCAAAAAGAGCAGAGGCUUAAAUACAGAAGAGUGUAAAGAAGGAAAGAUGAGAAAGACAGCAGACAAAAGCAUGGCAAAGUACUUUUGUGUAAAGCGAGAUCUUUUUUUACUAUAGAAAUUAUGGGAUGUUGUAAUUAGCAGGAUUUGGACAGCUAGGAGUGAGCAUGAAGCACUGUAUUAUUAAAACUGGACAGAAGAAACAUACCAGACCUUUAAUUUUAAUUAUACUCUAAAAAAGCCUUGAUUUCCUCAACCAGUGAACUCUCUCAUGCAUGCCAGCAGUUUAGUCUCGCACUGCUAAUAGUGACUGCACACAGUACACAGUGAUCAUUAUGUGUUUGUAUUAUAAUUCUUGCUAAUAAAAACGCAUCUCAAGAGACAAACUUUU